AGAGAGAGAUAGAGACCACCGCGUGGGGGAGAUGCCUCCGAAGGAGACCCCCGGGCGCGAGAGGGCGAGCGGCCCGAGAAUGAAAAAUACGAUCUACCAUGCGUUUUCUCAGCAAGAGGCAAAAGAGUUGGAUGUUAAGCACUCGGGGACCAAGCAAGCAGAAGUCUUUGUGAGGGCCUUCCUGAAGCGCAGCAUGCCUCACAUGAGCCAGCAAGCCUGCGAAGAUCAUUUGCAACGAAAGGCUGUGGUUCUGGAAUACUUCACUCACCGGAAAAAAAAAGAGAAGAAAAAGAAAUCCAAAGGCCUCUCUGCCAGGCAGAGACGGGAAAUGCGGCUCUUUGACAUUAAGCCAGAACAGCAGAAGUACAGUCUUUUCCUCCCUUUACACGAACUCUGGAAACAGUACAUUCGUGAUCUGUGCAAUGGGCUCAAACCAGACACGCAGCCUCAGAUGAUUCAGGCCAAACUGUUAAAGGGAGAUCUUCAUGGCGCUAUCAUUUCAGUUGCAAAAUCCAAAUGCCCUUCCUAUGUGGGUGUUACAGGAAUCCUUCUACAGGAAACAAAGCAUGUUUUCAAAAUUAUCACCAAAGAAGACCACCUGAAAGUUAUCCCCAAGCAGAACUGUGUGUUCACUGUGGAAAUAGAUGGCUUUCUUUCCUAUAUUUAUGGGAGCAAAUUCCAGCUUCGGUCAAGUGAACGAUCUGCAAAGAAGUUCAAAGCAAAGGGAACGAUAGACCUGUGAACUUUUGCUGCCUAGGACAUGUGCUGGUAACCUCCUGAACUGGAAAUUCCCUAAAUACUGAACUUCCAGAGAAGAGCUAAGGAAGCCAGUUCAGGAUACAGAACACCUCUGGCCAGUUGUAGUCAGAGUUCAGAACACUUCAUCAUCUGGAAGAGACCAAAGAAGCCAGCGGGAAAAGGAGGUGUGCAUCAGCUGACCCGCAUGUGUGUUCCCACAUGGGAGGAAAAUGCCAGCAUUAGCAAACUGGCUCACUGAGAUUAGGUUUUAGUACCAGUGGGUUUUAAUUUUUUUUUUCUCUUUGACACUUUUCUCUGUUUUCUGAAUGUUCAAUGAUGAGUCAGUUGUUUAUAACAUAAAAUAAACAUGUAGGCUCAAAUA